CUUAGUCCCAAUUCAAAAACACAAACAACCACCAUCUCAAAAUGAGAACAGAAGCUUUCUUCCUCCAAUGGCGUUUCUUAGCCUCUUGUUUCAUCUUCACCCUCUUUCUUCUUCCUCAAGCUUUCACUUACAAUACUCCUCCCAUCAACCCAUGCUCCCCACAUGCUCCUAAAUGGUUUCCUCCCAUCGAAAACCCAAGGCUCUUAAAAGCUUACGAAGCUCUCCAAGCUUGGAAAUUCACAAUGACCUCAGACCCAAACGGCUUCACUUCUAACUGGUGUGGUCCUCAUGUUUGUAACUACACAGGCGUCUUCUGUGCACCCGCUCUAGAUAACCCUUACCUCUUAACCGUAGCCGGUAUAGACUUAAACCAUGCCAACAUCGCUGGUUAUCUCCCGGUAGAGCUCGGUCUCUUAACCGAUCUUGCCUUAUUCCAUAUCAAUUCCAACCGUUUUACAGGUCAACUCCCUAUGUCUCUAAACUGCCUCAGACUUCUUCACGAGCUUGACGUCAGCAACAAUAAACUCUCCGGCGAGUUUCCUUCCGUAGUCUUCACGUUACCUUCUUUAAAGUUUCUUGAUAUUAGGUUUAAUGGUUUCUACGGUGAUGUUCCGAGCAAACUCUUUGACCUAAACCUUGAUGCUCUCUUCAUUAACAACAACAAGUUCCGGUUUAGGCUACCGGAAAACAUCGGAAACUCUCCGGUUUCGGUUCUUGUCUUAGCCAACAACGAUCUCCAAGGAUCUUGUGUGCCUCCGGCUUUUUACAACAUGGGGAAAACGUUACAUGAGGUCAUUAUCACGAAUAGUCAGAUUAGCGGUUGUUUAAACCGGGAAAUCGGUUUGCUAAACCAGUUGACUGUUUUUGACGUGAGUUAUAAUAACUUGGUCGGUUCGUUGCCAGAGACUAUGGGUGAUAUGAAGAGUUUGGAGCAGUUAAACAUCGCUCAUAACAAAUUCUCCGGUUACAUUCCGGAGGGUAUCUGCCGACUACCGAACCUCGAGAACUUUACUUACUCUUAUAACUUCUUCUCCGGCGAGCCACCGGUUUGUCUGAGGCUUCGGGAAUUUGACAACAGUAGAAAUUGUUUACCGUUGAGGCCAAUCCAACGGUCUCCCGCCGAGUGUAGAUCCUUUUCUUCAUAUCCUAUUGACUGUGCUUCUUUUGGCUGCUCUCCGCCUAGUCCACCGCCUCCACCACCACCACCGCCACCACCGCCACCACCGCCCCCGCCCCCGCCUCCACCACCACCACCAUAUGUGUAUCCAUCGCCUCCUCCGCCACCAUACGUGUAUCUGUCACCUCCUCCGCCACCAUAUGUGUAUCCGUCGCCUCCGUGUACUCUAUCACCGCCGAUGCAUGACUAAGGCGUCUUUUGACCGAAUGGAAUGCUAUCUGUUGUACGUUACGUAACGCUAGUGUUCACAGUUCACUAAACUGUUUCUUGUUUGACUAUUUAUUUUCUUGUAAUUCAAUUUUAAGAAGUUGGCAUUAUAUAUUUGGAAUUCUAAAUAUUUUUAUGUGAAGAAUAUUUUAUUUCUUUGAAAUUUGAGGGAAGGUAUGAAUGAUCUUAAGAAAAGACGAA